AUGGUAAAUUGCGUUAUCCCUCGACUAAGGAGAGGCUGCUGUUUUCCGAGCGAGAACUGCUUCCCCAAUUUAAAAUGUAGCAGCUCAAAGAAAGGCCACAAGGGUGAAAAGCAUUUGGCACAAUACUAUCCGGUGAGUAUGCCCCCUGGAUUUUACAACAACUGGGAAAAUUACUUAAGGGAAGUGAUCCCCGUUUUGGGGUCCUCCGUUGAAGUUAACAGAAGAGGGAAAUUGAAAGUGUCGCAGAGGGGGAGAGGUAAGGCUGUCGGUUGUGAGAGAGAGGAGAAUGAAGGAUUUAAGAGGAGGAGAAGUGGGGGGAUGUAUAUUGGAAGGUGCUCUGCGGGAAGGGCUAAAAACGGGGCAGCAAAAGGGGCGCGGAAGGGUGUGCGCAAAGAUGUGGGGAAGGCAGCUGGGAAUUUUGUAGACCAAGCAUUUGCAGGAAGGGACAACCAAGUGGUAGGCCAAAGCAAAGGGACCCACAGAAUUAUGGUCCCCUCAACUGCGAAAGGAUUAGACCAAGUGAAAAAUGUAUAUUCCAGUGAGGUCGAGAAAAAUCAUUCCAAAAUAUACCUACAUAAGGAAGAGGUUGAAAAUGAACGCAGCAGAAACUUAUCAGUGGAGACCAAUAUAAACAGCAGCAGGUAUAGACUUAAAGGUAGUGAAGAUAGAGACAUAAAAAGGGACGGGACAAAAACGAGUAUCGUUUCUAAUGACUCACAUAAUUACACUCAAAGAAGAGAAAGAGAAUACGAAGAGGAAAACAAGAAACAAAAAGAGUAUAUAAAAAAAAUUAACCUCAACGAUACAAAGAAACACAUGUUAACUAAAGAAAUACACUCGCAAAAUGGGAAAGGGAACAAUGCUUCCAUUUCUGCAAAUGGUAGACACACACAAGAGGAACGGAAGUAUAACUUUUUAAUGAAAACAAAUGUUGUGAAAGAGCCCAAGGUAGGAGCUAGUAGAGGAGUCGAGGAAGUGUCAAAUAAUAUUUUACUGAGGGGAAACAUAUAUAAAAUUGGAAACAGAAGCGAAUCUAGAAGAGGAAGGCAAACUAAAAAGAACCAGCAUGACGAGCCUCAAAUGGACAGACGGAAAACUCCUAAUUGCAGAGUGAAGAAUAAAAAAAACACAGCAAAGGGGGAAGCGAGCCGUCCAGAACCAUUUACCAGGAAUACUCAAAGAAGAAGACAACAGCGAGACAUGCACUACCAGACUUCCUCAGGGGAAAGUUCCUUGUAUGAAAUUUCUAUAUCGGGGGAAGUAGACAUCAACUUUGACUCAGACUCCUGCGUGGGGGAUUCCAAGUCGAGGGGGAGUGGGAAUAGCACUAGUGGAUCCAGGAAGGAGGUAAAGAGGGAAAUUGGCCCUGAAGUGGUUGUUUCGAAGAAGGGGACACAUCGGGAAGGGGGAACGACAGUUAACAAUAGCGGCGGAAUCACUACUCGUGAGCAACGCGCAAAUCAGGCCAAAUAUGCUCACUUAUCAGGGCUAAAGGGUAUCGACAUGAAAGGAAAUAAAAACACAAAUGGGUUUGAAAAAGGAAAGAUUCUUCCUAAUUUGAAAAAUAUGCCACCAAGGAAGAGGGAAAACACUGGACGGUUCCUACAUGGGGUAGAACCAAUUGGAGGGUGCGCACGCAAAGUAAUGAAUAGGAGGAUGGAACGUAGUAUUGGUGAUGCGUCCCGUGAGAAGAAUUGUGAACCAGUCCAGGAGAUGAGCGGUAGCGCAGGCUCUUCGAGGAGUCUCGUCGGACGAAAUGGGCAGAACGGAGUUACGUCCCUUGUGGGGCGACAAAUCCCCAGCGAUGUAGAAGAAAAACGCAGUGAAAUGGAAGACAAUUGGAAAGACGGCUUCAGGAAAAAGAAUCCCCGUGCAAAGACGGAAGAGAAAAGGAAAAAAGAAAAAAAAAAAAGUUCGUUCUUAACGACAGAGGAUAAUGCCACACAUAGGACCCAUUUACAUGAAGGGAGCAGUAGAAACAGCGGAAGGGAAACAACCAUCUCGAAUAAGCGAAGAAGUAGCGACAUGAGGAGAAAAGCAUUCGUGGCGGGGUUAGGCGACUGUUCCUUAGAUUAUGAUAUGAAAAAGCCCAGUUUAAUUUUUGAGGACCUGCUAAAAUUGACUAAGAAGGAAAAGGUGGAAACGGGAUCAUACACAACGUGUAACAAGCUUAAUCAGUUUCACUUGAAAAAAAAAAGGGAUUGGAUAAAUCGAGAAGGGGGCGGAGACAGGCCGACCGAAUGUUAUAACGUGCACAUAGUAGGAGGAAAUUAUGAAAAGGAAAGGGGGACGCGACUGUACAAUCAAUUGCUGCACCUGGCACCCGAGUCAGAGGACAGCACAGGCACGAAGCACACCAAUAGUACGAGGCACAGCUUACGAGUAACUACACACGGCAAUGAAGAAAGAGCAAAUUACAGUUUUAGCUACCCGAGCAGUCACCCAUCUGGUUCUAACAUCUCGAGUGGACGGAAGAUCACCAAAAGGGGGAAAAAAAAGGACUGUUCCAAAGGGGUAAAAAGUGUUGCAAAAAAAGACGUGUCGCAGGGGGGCGCAAUAGAGGGGAAGAGGAAACGGAGCGUAUCCACGUGUUACUCAGAGGAUGCAGAAAUGAAGGUGAAGGCACAGAUGGACGCAGAAAUGGCAACCCUAACCAAGUUGAUAAAUUUAAAAAGCGAACAAAACGAGAAGCUAAAAAUGUGUUUGAUGAUGCAGGAGAGUGAAAUUAAUUUGCUGCGUAAAAAGGCGCAACAGGAAUAUGCAAGCAAAAAACAAGGGAAGGAAAAAAAUUGGGAAAACACCACUUUCUACAAAAAUUUAAUAAAGGCUAAACCCUCCACAUUUAUGGAGAUCAUUUUAAGUAACAAUCAAGACGUUGAUAAAGACAUGCAGAUGAAGAAGACAUACGAGUCAACCGUGCAGGCAGAAAAAUGUAACCUUGCCAAAUCCUUUAAUCCUUGCUUAUGUACCAGUUGUGUUGUUCCUGGGGGAAGAGAAAAUGGUUCUUUUCGCUUAAAUGAUCUCAACCAAUGUGGGGCACCCUCUGGAGGUGCAAACGAACCCAUACCCGAUGUACAAACAGAAGAAUUUGCCCAAGUGGAAACUUCCCCCAUGGAAUCGAAUUUAAAAUAUGAAGAGAAGCCAUAUCUACAAAGAUGCACAUAUGGUGGAGUUCCGAUGGGGGGGAUCUGCUCCUACACAUGUUGCUUACCUUUUGGAAAUUUCACAAAUCUGGUCGUCGAGGAUGCAACAAGUGACAAGUCCUGUUUGCAUGAUCGAAACAUUUCUUGUUCUCCACCAGAGGACACAACACAGAAUGAUGUCUCGGGAAGGGAUAAGACAAGGGGGUCGAGUCUGCACUCAAACGGUUACAACAGCAAAGGGUUAAGCGGUAUAGCAAGGGGUAGAAAUAAGAAAGACACACUAUCCAGGCCUAAGCCACACACAGAAAAAAGGCUAAUAAAAAUAAACGGAAAGGGAAAGUUCCAAAGGAGGGAGGAGAACAACUAUAACGCACUUGCGGUGGGGGGUGAACAAGUCUCACGAUGUACGAGUCGAGGAAAAUUCGGAAGCUCGAACUUUGCCCAGUUGAACGGAAAAAAAUGUGAGACGCAACAUGGGGGGUACUCAAAACAGAAGCAAAAUACGAGUAGGACAAAUAGCUACAAGAAAUUGGAGACUAAGUACCCUGUUUCAUCCAGCACCAUAAGUGUUAAGUGCCUGCCUAAGAGAAAAACAGCUGUAAGCGGGUCGGAUAAAAAAAGCUGUUUUCUUUCUUCAAGGAAUACCGACGUGGCAAACAAAGGGGAUUAUCAACCCAAGAAGGAGGGCCUGUUUACGAAGCUCUUUUCCUACAUAAGGAAUAACAGCCUCUGUAAUGAAAAAAAAAAUGACAACUGUUUGAGGAGAAACAAAUCGACUAGCUCAAUCGUCUUCGUGAAAAAUCACGAUUUGUCUCAUCAGAAGUGUGACAGAUCUCGGUCCUCGGGAUGCUUGCCUGACAGAGCUGUACCCACUGUUCGUAAAAUGAAUUGUAUGAACACCCCGUGCGUUCGUGCCAUCAGUGUAUGUCGGACUGCGUGUGGGAAUGUGCGUGGAAAUGUGCGUGGAAAUGUGUGUGGACAAGGGGGUAACCUGAGGAUGGACGAGCAAAGAAAAAUAAUCAUUUCAGGAAAACAAAAUCAAAAUGGACUGAAUAACACACAUGAAGGUAGGUACCACUCGAAUGAUGGCAUUGUGACGAACCGCAUUUGCAAAGAGGAGGUGAACAAAACAGUUGUGGAAAAGGGCGUGAUAAGAAGCGGCUGUAAAUAUGUGCUAAAAGGAUAUGGUGAAACUGCACUAGGAUCCCAUUCUCAUUGUGAAAUUUUAAAAAAUAAGGAAAAAGGACAACUUGUUAAUGAUUUGCAUACCAAGGGAAAGGAUCCAUCGUGUGCAAAUAACAUGGAGCUUCAAAAGGGGGGUAGCGAAAACCAGGUGAUGAAUUGCGAAGCAUUAAGAGGGAUGAAACGCCCCAUAGUGAAGAACGAAAUGGCAAUUAGUGAUGAUAUAAUUGAUAAGGCAAGACUGAAAUAUUAUGCGUCGAAGAAGUGCACAAAAUGCGUAGACAAGACCGGUGCGGGGAAGGAGGACAAUAAAAUAAAUUCACCUGCGUGCUUUAGCAAGGUGGGUAGUAAUAGUGGAAGGAAGGCAAAGGGACAUGGGGGAGUCACAAAAUUGGGGAGAGAGAUCCAAAGCAACCUGAAAAAUCGUGCGAAUCCCACAAAAAUGGGUAAUAACAAAAGGGGUGAAACGAAACAUAUCAGAGACAACCCUUCCAAGGGGCACCCAACUAGGUCCCCUAACGGUAACAAAAAAAGUAACAGAGCUCAAGUUCCUAAAAAGGAGGACCAUUCAGAUGCAUCAGCGGGUGAAGCUGGUUCAGUUGAUUCUGGCGACGUACCAAACAACAGCAACAGAUUAUGGGGAAAUAACAAAUCAGAAAAGGCCAGUAAGACAUACAAAAUUUUCGUUGUGAAAAAGGGAAACGAGGAUAAAUGUGCCGUAAAAAGAGAGCAAGGCAUGCAUUUAGGGGGGCACAAUGGUGAGGGCCCCACGAAAGGACAUCAAAAUGUAGCACGUACAAAUGGAGAGGCAAACAAAAACAAAGUUAAUUAUCGGGAGAAUGAUCGCUCCGUUAGUGUGGAGAAAAGGAACGACUAUACAAAUAUGGCGACCACCUCAGACAGUGUCCACACAAACACCAUGGAUGGUUACUCCACUUGCUCCAGUGAAGACAUAUACUUGUGGAAAAAGAAAAAAAACAGUAAGGCGUGGAAGAAGCCUCUUAAUGCUGAAGGUGUAAGGGGGGGUAAACUGGAUGAGAAAAUCAGAGGGGGGGUUAAUGCUGAGGUGGUGAAUUCAAACGGAAAGUUGGCCAGUUCAGUUGCGCAUGUAAUUGAGAAAAUAAUUCUGAAUUAUAAAAAAUGGGAUUUGGAGGGGACAAAAAAGGGGACUGGCGCUGCCAAUCACAGCGAUGACGGUGAUAGUGACCACGGCGGGCACAGUUACGACGACGACAGCAACUGCGUCAAGCAAGGUGACCUGUCUGACUCAUACAUUGGCGAAAAAAAAAAAAAAAAAACUAGCCAUUUUGAACUAAAUGGGGAAAGACUAAAGGCGCAAACGAUAAGUUUAAAAAAAGAAGGUGGUGCGUACACCACCAUGGGAAGACAGCGUACAAAUGAAGAUUUACAUGUGCAUACAAACGCACACGUAAAGAAAAAAAGAAGCCAAGAUAUUAACAAUGUGUUGUAUUCAACUAGCGAAUCGAAUUAUCUUGAGCCCAAAAUAUUUUUCCUCAAAAAUGAUGAGUCGUGCAUAAUUGUGGAGUAUCCCAACGUUAAAUAUCUUGUCAAAUGCUCUUAA